AUUGUAGACUACUUGGGGGUUCAGCUAUUGGAUUAUCGGCCGAACUACCCGUCCGUGUGGGUUGCGCCUAUUGGAGUAGCGGGGGUCGGAGGUGCUGCUGCGGUUUCGGGGAAGGGGCAGGUGUAGUGUCUCCAGGUGAAACCAGAGCCGGAGUUUCGUCCUUGUUUGUGAUUGAGGGAGGGGCUCGUCCGACCGGUCUGACCUGUGGGGGAGGUGAAUAAAGAAUCGGCCAGGGAAGCGAUUACUAGGACAGUUGCAGGUCGCUGCUCCGAGGAAGAUGCAUCUAAGUACCGUACUGCGGCUGGGGGCUGCCCUCCUCUGCUUUGCCCUGGUAGCCCAAGCCCAGAGCCCAGGAUGCACAUGUAGUACACUCUACAUGGGUAAAUGUGAUAACAGCGGAGCUGGAGGUUGUCAGUGUACCCUCGCUAUAGGCACUGCAACACAGUCUAUAAACUGCUCAGCAUUAAUUCCAAAAUGUUGGUUGAUGAAGAGAGAGAGCCUCGGGACAAAAGCAGGACGCAGAGUUAAACCAGUACAAGCGCUUGUUGACAACGAUGGGCUGUAUGAUCCAGAGUGUGACGUUAAUGGGGUGUUUAAGGCCAGGCAGUGCAACAAUACAGACACCUGCUGGUGUGUCAAUAGCGCCGGGGUCAGAAGAACUGACAAAGGAGACAAAAACUGGAAGUGCCCAGAGCUGGUCAAAACUAACUGGGUUAUCGUUGAAAUGAAACGCAAUGGCACCGAAUCUGUGAGUGAUGCCGACUUGAUUCAAGCACUUAAAACCACAAUAACUAAUCGAUAUGGAUUGCCUGACAAAUAUAUCUCUGUUGAGCUUGAGACUCCUUUAAUCUACAUUGACUUAAAACAAAACACUUCCCAGAAGCUUCCAGGAGAGGUUGACAUUACAGAUGUUGCCUAUUAUAUGGAAAAGGAUGUAAAGGGUGAUUCCCUGUUCCCGGCAAACAACCAAUUUCAAAUUCUUGCAAAUGGAAACAAAAUUAGUGUUAAGGAACCUAUGAUCUACUAUAUUGAUGAGAAGCCACAUGAGAUCUCUAUGAGACACCUAACCCCUGGGGUCAUUGCAGUCAUUGUUGUCGUGGUCUUGGCAGUUGUUGCUCUGAUAGCUGUGUUGAUCUUUACAAGAAGAAAGAAGGCAAGGUAUCAGAAGGCUGAGAUGAAGGAGCUGAAUGAAAUGCAGAAAGAAGUAAGCACAUAAAGCUUUAUGGAAGAAACUGGCUCAAGAAGAGAAGUGUGCUAGACACAACAGGCAGCAGGCGUGUGAAUCCUAAAUACUUGUGAAAAAGGGUUAUCUUUCUAUGGUGGAAAUACGCCUUUGUAUCGUUAUUGUGAAGAUAUUUAUAGUGACCUUCCACCAGAAAAUUUUUUUUUUUUUUUUUUUUCUUUAGAUUACCUCCUAAUGAUAUAUUGUUAUUGGUACUGGUUUUUAGAGAGAGAACCUGAGACAGCUGUCUAACACUGUCUGAAGGUCAUUAUGGGUACAGGCCACUUAUGUUUUUACUUGUAAGCAACUGUUUGGGACGGUUUCUGCCUUAUACUUUGUACAAAAAAUGCAAUUGUAAUCUGUCUGUAGAACAAGGAAUUUUUAAAUGAUAUUUUUGUACAUAUUCUGUAUUGAAAUGUGCUUGAAUUUUUGUUUUUUGCCAUUUUGUUACUGUUGGAUUUAAUAAAAAUGUUUUAAAGAGA